UGCCAGGGCGACCAACUCUGGCACGUGUCUGGUAUAAAACGGCGCGGAAUUACGCGGAAACUGAGCAGAAGCUGCAGCAUCACUAAAGGAGGUUAAGAACCAUAAUCCACAAUCCACACUCUUGCAAUAAUGUCUGAUCUUUGCGUUGGAAUCAACGGAUUUGGCCGUAUUGGCCGUCUGGUCCUCAGGGCCUGUCUGCAGAAGGGAAUCAAAGUCACCGCCAUCAAUGACCCCUUCAUUGACCUGCAGUACAUGGUCUACAUGUUCCAGUAUGACUCCACUCAUGGCCGUUACAAGGGAGAUGUUCAUCAAGAGGAUGGCAAGCUGAUUGUUGACGGACAGGCCAUCUCUGUGUUCCAGUGUAUGAAGCCUGCUGAGAUCCCAUGGGGUGAUGCUGGUGCCCUAUAUGUAGUCGAGUCUACUGGAGUCUUCCUCAGCAUUGAGAAGGCUUCAGCUCAUAUCCAGGGUGGUGCUAAGCGUGUGGUUGUUUCCGCCCCAUCACCUGAUGCUCCCAUGUUUGUGAUGGGAGUCAACCAGGACAAGUACGACCCCUCUAGUAUGACCAUUGUCAGCAAUGCAUCCUGCACCACUAACUGCUUGGCUCCCCUGGCUAAAGUUAUUCAUGACAACUUUGGUAUUGAGGAGGCCCUCAUGACCACAGUCCAUGCUUACACUGCCACACAGAAGACAGUGGAUGGUCCCUCUGCUAAGGCCUGGCGCGAUGGACGUGGUGCCCACCAAAACAUCAUCCCUGCCUCCACUGGUGCUGCCAAGGCUGUAGGCAAAGUCAUUCCUGAGCUGAACGGCAAGCUGACCGGAAUGGCCUUCCGUGUGCCGGUAGCCGAUGUGUCCGUUGUUGACCUCACCUGCCGUCUCUCAAGGCCUGCCAGCUACGCUAACAUCAAGGAAGCUGUCAAGAAGGCCGCUCAUGGACCAAUGAAAGGAAUUCUGGGAUACACAGAGGAUUCAGUUGUUUCUGCUGACUUUGUUGGUGACACCCACUCUUCUAUCUUUGAUGCUGGUGCAGGCAUCUCCCUCAAUGACAACUUUGUCAAACUCAUCUCCUGGUAUGACAAUGAAUUUGGCUACAGCCAUCGUGUUGCUGACUUGUUAGUGUACAUGUACUCCAAGGAGUAACUCAACAAGCUUUGCGACAGCAGAAAGUCCUAACUUUCCUCCUUUUCAACGCACUCAAUUUAGAGCUGAAGCCAUGGUGACAUGCCUUAGUAUUCCUGUUCCCACCUACUAGAUGCGUUCGUCUCUGUAGCUGUGUGUGCGUGUGUGUUAGUGUUUUUCACAGUAUUCAGUAAUGAGUGUCACACUGAGGUAUUGCAAUAGUUGUUUUCAUUCUGGGUGUAACCACGUUGUGUUAGUAUAAAGAGAAUAACUGAUUAAAAUGUUACAUGAGGCAAAAGGCUACUGUAAUGCAGUUUAAAGGAAACUAAUAAACUGUUUGGAAAAGUU